AUGUCUCUCAAGGAAACUCUCGAAAAGACAGCUGCGGGAUGGAUCUCGGAUCUAGAAAGUCGAUCGUUGGACAAUGUUGUGUCGAGGUGGACAGACGAUAUCCACUACACAGUUCACCCGGAUACCGAGGAAGUAUAUCCAAUGACUCGAGAACAGUUUCGGACCUACAAACGGGCAGCGGAUUUCUUCAAGCUUUUGAAGACAUUCAAAAUUAGCAUCAAUGAGAUGUACACAGACUUGGAGAAAAGGACCGUUACGAUGCUUUGUAGCAGCGAGGGGCAAUUGGAAGCAGGCCCAUACGGCACUGAUUAUGUUUUCGUGCUCACUAUGACGGAGGAUGGAAAGAAAAUCGAGAAGUUGUCUGAGUGGCCAGACUUUCACAAAGUCCGAGUUGUACUCAGCAAGUCCGUUUGA